CUCAAAUUUGGAGGUUGUGCUACGAGAAUUAAGGUGCAGAAUCAGGUGUAACGUGAAAAUUGAAGCAGAAUCUAACAAAAUAAAAGUUUCGAGAAAUGUUGGAUUAGAAGGUCUUUGGAUCACCAUCUUACUCUAG